UCCGACCAAGAAACCAAAAAACAAUACCCUAUCCAACACCAACCUUUCUCACCACUCCAAAAAAAACCACAUUCAAAACAUGAAUCGAAAAUUUAUUGUUAUCUUCUUCGUACUGUUCCACUUGCAUUCUCUUCUGCAACUCCAAUGCCGCCGUAACAGCCUCUUCGCCGCCGCAGGCGGCGGCGGAAAGUGGGACCUACUCCAGCAAAACCUCGGCAUAGUCGCCAUGCAUAUGCAGCUUCUCCACAACGACAAAGUUGUCAUCUACGACCGCACAGAUUUCGGACUUUCCAACAUUUCUCUCCCCGACGGGAAAUGCCGUUACGAUCCGAACGAUAAAGUGCUCGCCGUUGACUGUACGGCUCAUUCCGUUGAAUACGACGUCGCUUCGAACUCCGUGCGCCCGCUCACGGUCAACACCGACGUGUGGUGCUCCUCCGGCGCCGUCACGCCGGACGGCAUUUUGGUUCAGACCGGCGGGUUCAACGACGGCGAUCACGUCGUGAGGGUUUUCCGGCCUUGUAGUGAUAAUAAAUGUGAUUGGGAGGAAAUUCCUGGCGGGUUGAUCCAACGGCGGUGGUAUUCUACUAGCCAAAUCUUGCCAGAUGGACGGCAGAUCGUCGUCGGGGGGCGACGCGCGUAUAGUUAUGAGUUUUACCCCAAAACCGCUGCGAAUCAUGUGUAUAGUCUGAGGUUUUUGGUUGAGACUAAUGAUAAGAAUGAGGAGAAUAAUCUUUACCCGUUUGUUUUUCUCAAUGUCGAUGGGAAUCUCUUCAUUUUCGCGAAUAAUCGGGCGAUUUUGUUCGAUUAUACUAAGAAUUUCGUUGUGAGGGCUUAUCCGGAAAUGCCGGACGGCCAGCCGCGGUGUUAUCCGAGCACGGGGUCGGCGGUUCUUCUCCCGCUGAAAAAUUUGCAGUCUCCGGCGAUCUCGGCGGAGGUUUUGGUCUGCGGCGGCGCUCCAAGAGGGUCAUAUAUUAACGCCCAAAACGGGAAGUUUCUCCACGCGCUCAACACUUGUGGGCGGAUUAUAAUAACCGAUCCGAACCCGAAAUGGGUGAUGGAAACUAUGCCGGAAGCUAGAUUAAUGGGGGACAUGGUGACUCUGCCUAACGGCAACGUCCUUAUUAUCAACGGCGCCGGUGCCGGCUCCGCGGGUUGGGAAUUCGGUCGGGGGCCGGUUUUGAAUCCGGUUCUUUACCGGCCCGAUAACCCAGUGGGCGCGCGGUUCGAGCUCCAGAACCCGACUGCGAUCCCCCGAAUGUACCACUCCACCGCGCUUCUGCUCCGGGACGGCCGGGUUCUCGUCGGUGGCAGCAAUGCCCACGAGCUUUACAACUUCACCAACGUCUUAUUCCCGACGGAGUUACGGCUGGAAGCGUUCUCGCCGGGGUAUUUGGACCCGGCAAUGUCUCUCGCCCGCCCAACUAUCAUCUCGCCCGCUUCACAUUCCCAAUUCGGGUAUGGAAAACGGGUUCCGGUUCGAUUCAAGGUGGCGGGACCCGUGAAUACAAAUUUGGUCACGGUGACACUCGUUGCACCUUCAUUUAACACACAUUCAUUCUCUAUGAACCAAAGACUUCUAGUGAUUGGUUCCGGGGGUGUGAAAUAUGUUGCUAAAAGUACGUACCAGAUCGACGCAGUGACACCGGGUUCGGCCAUUCUAGCACCAUCCGGGUACUAUAUGCUCUUUGUGGUUCAUCAAGAAAUACCUAGCGAGGGUAUUUGGGUGCACAUUCCAUGAAAACAUAUACAUGGAUAUUAGCCAAAUUCUUUUUUUUUUUUUUUUUUUAAUGAUUAAAUUCUUACACGAGAUUAGAAAAUUAAAUCCAAAAUGUAGUUAUUUUUAAGGUUGAUUGGAUAACAAAAUGAAUAAGUUUAGGAGAAUUUUUGAUUUGAUAAGUGUUAUGUUGUUAUAUAAUUUCAUAUUAAGAUAUGAUUUUUUUAUUUAAUAAUAUCAUACCAUGUUGUUUGUUA